AACAUUCAGCGAACAUUCCAGACGAAAUGGCACACAGGGUACAGGGACAAGGCGCAGAGCCCUCCGUGUGGCAAAAGAUGAAGAUGGGUGCCAUGAUGGGCACUGGUGUUGGCCUGACUAUUGGUUUCAUCUUCGGUUCAUAUAGUAUUCUCCGGGGUGGUGCUGGCCCUCGGGGUGUCAUGGCUACGCUGUCCCAGUACAUGCUCAGCAGUGCGGCAACUUUCGGUUUCUUCCUCUCAAUCGGCUCGGUCAUUCGCAAUGAUGGGUUGGUUCCUCCACACCUGGAAGCUGCGAGACUCCAGAUGCUGCCGCCUGUGCUCCGGUCCAGAGCGGAAGGCGCGGCGCUGGUCAGGGCAAGAUGGCAAGCGGAGAAGACUAGGAGAGAAUAAUAAUGCCCUGAAGUAUCAGGUGGUCUGUGCUGUACCAUGUUUUCCACAUCGUUGUUGGCUGAAGAUUCUAAUGCAUUCCGAAUUCAUGUUUGG